AUGUCCUCCUCCAGACACCACACUUGGACCCGAGGCAGCAUAGGAUCCCUGUAUCUGCACCGAUGCUCGCUACCAGAAUUAUAUGCAUCACUUGAGAUUUUUAAUAAGGAGAGCAAGAAAUCUAAUCUCCAAAAGAUCUGUGGCAUGUCGUUUAAGGAAGCUCAGGAAGUCCUUUGGAAAAUCCUGGGUGGCCUGAUCUCUGACAGCCAUGACACCGUAAAAGGGGAUGAGCGCCACCCUUCCAUACCGGUUAACAAAGAGGAGCGGAAGACACCAUCUAUGUCAGAUCUACUUCACCAAUGUCUGUUAAAGGGUUACAGUGUUCCGCUGGAGCAGGUACACAACUCCCAGCAGAGGCUGGCCCAGGUGGGCAUCCCACCUCCUUCAGUCUCCUUUCCUCACAGUUUAAGCAACGAACUGCCCGUGAUCCUUCCAGCACAGCACUUCAGGAAAAGGAUUCAAAGCAUCACAUUCCGCAAACUUCUCCUGUCUUCUGUUGCCCCAGGCAGGCUGUUCUAUGAUGAAAAGCCAACAAGCCAACAAGUCUCCUUUGACCCAGGAAAGCAGUUCCUAGACCUGGCAGACCUUCAGUGGAGGUAUUACAAGGGACUUGCAAAGUGGGGGAAAAUGCCCAGGAGGCUUUCCCUCUUGAACAUAGAAUACAACAGCGAGAAGAGAUUCGUGGAGAACCAACGUAUGUCUGGGCUCAUCUUCCCUCCUCUAGUUCGCAAGACUCUGAUGGUUUACCCUCAAGCUGAGUAUGAUAAAGAAGGACAGCUUUAUCUCACCUGGAAAAUAGUGUACUGA